UGCUCUGCAGGGAGCCUGCUUCUCUCUCUCCCUUUGCAGCUUCCCCUGCUUGUGCUCCCUCUCAAAUAAAUGAAUAAAAUCCUUAAAAGAAAAGAAGAGGAGGAUCUGAGAUUCAAGUUUGAACCUUAAUUUGGAAAGUCAGCUCCCUUCUGGCGAAUUUAAAGGGAUUGACCAAUGUCAAGUGCCAGCGAGGAUGUCUCUGGAACUCUCCUAUCGGUUUGUGGCAGGGCAAAUGGGUACAAUCAUGUUGGGAACACUGGUAGUAUCUACUAAAGCUAAAUGUACAUGUUCCCUACUGCCCAGUGACUCCAGCCCCAGGUGUCUGCUGGAAGAAAUAACACCGGUACACCAAAGACAUUGUCAGGGGUAUUUACAGCAGUUUUCUUUUUAAUGGCUAAAGACUGGAAAGCUCUCAAAUGUCUAAUAGGAGAAUGGAUAAACUAUGAAUACGCUGUAGCUUAUCCACACACAAUUAUGAGAAUGAAUUAGGCAUUGCUGCACACUAUGGAUAACUCAUGAAGAAGCUGGAACAAAAGGAACACACUAUCAUUCCAUUUAGAGUUGGUGCUCUAGAGCAAGCAAAACCGAUCUAAGUGCUUUAAGUCAGAAUGAUGGUUACUCUUGGGGUUGGAAAGGCUGUUUACUGUUGGGGAAGGCACAGGAGGGAGCCUUCUGGGGAGAUGGAAACAUUCUAAAUCGGUCCCGCCUGGGUGGCUCAGCAGUUGAGCGGCUGUCUUUGGCUCAGGGCGUGAUCCUGGGGUUCUAGGAUCGAGUUCUGCAUCGGGUUCCUGGUGAGGAGCCUGCUUCUUCUCCCUCUGCCUAUGUCUCUGCCUCUCCCUCAUGAAUAAAUCUUUUUUUUUUUUUUUUUUUUUAAAGAAACAUUCUAAAUCUUCAUCUGGGUAGAGAUUGCGGGGGUGGAGAUAUUUAAAAUCAUCAAGCCAUACACUUAAAAUCUGUGCACUUCACCCUACAUGAGUCACACCUCAAUAAAAAAAGUAUCUACCUGCCUUAACUACAUGUGUAUAAAUGUGUGGAUUUCUGGGCUCCUGUUCUCAGAAGAUCCUGUGGGGACCAGGACCCCGACAUUUGGGAAGAUAGGACCCAGCUAAUGGGCCCUAGCCACUGUGCCCCCAUGCCCCCACCCCUAGCAAUGGGCUGAUUUGCAUGCCUUGUCAUGGUCCAGGGGCUUCCCCUGCCUGUGCUCUGAAGCACCUGGAGUGCUCCCAACAGAACGACUCCUGUCUGCCUCUCUGCCUCUGGCCAUGGCCUGCUGGCAUCUGGCCCUCCUUCUGACUGGGGCCCUCCUGUCAGUCUUUCAGCCAGGCUUGGCCCAGCCAGAUGCACUGCUGUUCUUCCCAGGCCAAGUGGCCCAACUCUCCUGCAUGCUCAGCCCUCACCAUGCCACCAUCGGGGAGUACGGUGUGUCUUGGUAUCAGCAACGGGCAGGCAGUGCCCCCCGCUACCUCCUCUACUACCGCUCAGAGAAGGACUACCAUCGGUCCCCUGACAUCCCUGACCGCUUCUCGGCAGCCACAGAUGCUGCCCACAAUGCCUGCAUCCUGACCAUCAGCCCUGUGCAGCCUGAGGACGACGCAGAUUAUUACUGUUCUGUGGGCUACACAUCCUAAGGGUGGAGUGUGGGACAAGUGCUUCAUAUCUGCUUCUCAUUUCUGCACCCUGAUCUUGGGUUCCCCCCUCUUUCUCUGAAUCUUGAUUUUCCUCCUCUGUAAAAUGGGUUAAUAAUAUUAAACAUGUGAAC